AUGUCCCAUGAACUGGGAUGCCCUUUGACUGAAGCUGGCAAAUUCAUCACCAGGGAGACCAGCUGUGCAUCUUCCAGCCGGGCGUUGAAGCGACUGAGUGCCGUUCGGAAAGGAAUGCGCCUUUACUUCUUCUCUGCGGUUGACGAGCUGCGCCGCGAUUCAAUUGACGGAUCGAUCAAGAGCAUUUGUCAACUCCAUGUUGGGGAUGCAAGUCGCCCGAGCAGACAUCGAGCAGUUCCUCUAGGUGUCAUCACCAUCCAAGCCAAGCAUGUUCGAGCUGCGGAAAGCAUGUGCUGCCCCUCUCGACCCCAGGGUGCAAAGCGGCAGCCCAGACUUGCCGAGCUUGUGGCAGGAGCAGCAUGGGACGCAUUGCCGCUCGCCGAAGGCAGCAGAGGUCUUUGCGUUAGGUAA